AUGCUAUGCCUCACAAUAACUAAUAGCUAUACCUUUAGUAAUUAAUUAAUUCACUUUCUCCUGCACGCCUUAUCAAAUCUCUAUUUCAACUCUUUCUCUGCUUUGGUACAUGUACUAGUACAACUGUGUCUACCUCGGUUCUAUCUCAAUUCUUAAGACUGUGGGUACACACUCAGGAAAAUUAUCCACCAAAAUUUUGAGUCAACUUCUGAAGUUCCUCGCCUAUUUGACACGCAUGCAUGUACAAUUUCUUUGGUUGUGCUUGGCAUAGACACAGCAGGUGAUGAAGGAAAAUGUGCUGGGUCUCUGAGAUUCAUAAGGUUAUGCGCUUGCUUUCACUGCCCUGCUUAAUACUUGGUAACAGAGGAGCAAAAAUCUCUGGCUUAUUCUUCCACUACUCCUUGAUGCACAUUUUGCAUGCAAGUUUUUUUGUUAUGCUUGUUGUGUUAGAACAUUACUUACUUGAAGAUGGUUGAAUAGCUUAAUUUCUAUUUAUUAUUUAUAAUUGUAAAUGAUAUUGAAAUUGUAAUUGGCUUUGGGAAUGCUAUCUUGUUUUGUGCUUACUUCAAAGUUUUCUAUGGAGAACACAUCAAAUAUCUUAUUGCAAAAAUAUGAACUGGGAAGGUUACUAGGCCAAGGCACGUUUGCAAAGGUUUACUAUGCACGUAGUACAAUAACUAACCAAAGUGUGGCUAUUAAAGUGAUUGACAAGGAUAAGGUUAUCAAAACUGGACAAGUUGAUCAUAUCAAACGCGAAAUAUCUGUCAUGAGGCUGGUCAAGCAUCCAAAUAUCAUUGAGCUUUUUGAGGUCAUGGCCACCAAGAGUAAGAUUUACUUUGUUAUAGAAUAUGCUAAAGGUGGAGAGCUGUUUAAGAAAGUGGCCAAAGGAAAGCUUGAAGAAGAAGUUGCACACAGAUAUUUCAGGCAGCUAGUGAAUGCAGUAGAUUUUUGUCACAGUAGAGGUGUAUACCACAGAGACAUAAAGCCGGAGAACAUUCUAUUGGAUGAAAAUGAGAAUUUGAAGGUCUCAGAUUUCGGGUUAAGUGCCCUGGCUGAGUCCAAACGGCAAGAUGGCUUGUUGCACACAACUUGUGGAACACCUGCCUAUGUUGCUCCUGAGGUCAUCAAAAGGAAAGGUUAUGAUGGUGCCAAAGCUGACAUUUGGUCUUGUGGGGUAGUUUUGUUUGUCUUGUUGGCUGGUUAUAUUCCUUUUCAAGAUCCGAAUUUGAUGGAGAUGUAUAGGAAAAUAAGUAAGGCAGAGUUUAGAUGUCCUAGUUGGUUCCCAAAAAGGGUUCAGAGGCUGUUGAGCAAGAUGUUGGAUCCGAAUCCGGACACUAGGAUUUCUAUAGAUAAAAUUAAGCAAUGUUCUUGGUUUAGGAAGGGACCAAAUGGUGGACAGAUAACUCAAAGGAAAAACAGGAGUAUCUCUUCAUCGGUUACAAAUCAUUGUGAACAAUGUGGUGAUGAAAGUCAUAGUUUAGCAGCAGAAGCACAGCAAGAGCCAAUUGUGCCGGCUAGUAUAAAUGCUUUUGAUAUCAUCUCCCUUUCACCUGGUUUUAAUCUUUGUGGUUUCUUUGAAGACAGUUUUCAAAAAAGGGAAGCAAGAUUUACAACAAGACAACCAGCAUCAGUCAUUAUCUCUCGACUAGGAGAAAUCGCAAAGCGGCUGAAGCUGAAAAUAAAGAAAAGGGCUGCAGGUUUGUUGAAAUUGGAGGGCUUUCAAGAAGGUAGAAAAGGGAUUUUAUCCAUUGAUGCAGAGAUCUUUGAGGUCACUCCACUUUUGCAUUUAGUGGAGGUGAAGAAAUCAAAUGGAGAUACAUUGGAAUAUGAGAAAAUAUUGAAAGAGGACAUAAUGCCUGCUCUUAAAGAUGUUGUUUGGAUUUGGCAAGAUGACCAAGAACAUUCACAACAGUUGGAGCAACAGCAGCAACAACAAUCAGAGUCAUAAAUUCAACAUUUUCUUAAUUUUCAAUGUCUCAUGCCUAUUAUUUCUUCAUCACGUAAUAUGUAAUUUUGCUUUCUAUAAUGCUAUCUCUAUAUAUCUUUGUUCUGUUUGGCAAAACCAUGACCUUAUUGUAAUUCGUCUUGUAUCUCAAAUUCUGUUGACAGAUGUUUAGUUUGAAUGUUUAAUGACUCCUCAUUUUCUAA